AGCGCCCGUGCCCGCGGCGGCCGCCCCGGCCCAUGCCCCCGGGGGGAAGGGGGGCUGCAGCAGCCCGGCGAGCCGCCCACCCGCGCAGCGGGGGCAUCGCCCCCACUCGCCGCUCCUGGGAGGGCGGAAAGGAGGCAGCGGCGGCGGCGGCGGCGCCGGCAUUGUGCGCGGCGGAUCGCAGGCCCCGGCGGCGCGGGGCUCGCCUGCCUCCCGCCCCAGCCCCAUGAACCAGCCGGACGGCUCCGCUCCGGCGGCGGCGGCGGCGGCGGGAGCGCAGGCCGACGAGAGCAACAGCACUGGGAGGAGGAGCUCUUCCAGCAGGGAGUGUUUGAAGAGGAGCCCACGGAGCCCAAAAGCAGAGGGCUCCGAUUCAGUGACAUCUCAGUCCUCACCCAGUGAAGAGGCUGGAAUGAUGACUGAGGUGAAGGUGAAAACAGAGGUACCAGAUGACUACAUCGAAGAGGUGAUCUGGCAGGAUGACGCCAAAGAUUCGAAGAAGAAUAUAAAAGAUGGGCCAGGAGACGUGCCAGCAGAGAUCUGCGUGGUGAUCGGUGGGGUUCGCAACCAGCAGACGCUCGGAUCUUAUGAGUGUGGAAUAUGUGGGAAGAAAUACAAGUAUUACAACUGUUUCCAGACCCAUGUGCGAGCGCAUAGAGACACUGAAGCUGCCUCAGGUGAAGGAGCCUCACAAGGCAACAACUUUAGGUACACGUGUGACAUUUGCGGGAAAAAAUAUAAAUAUUAUAGCUGCUUCCAAGAGCACAGAGACCUGCAUGCCGUGGAUGACCCCUAUGACCAGGCCGUCAUAGCAGCAGAUGAAGUGAAGGAGGAGGAGCCGGAACCGUUCCAGAAGAUUGGUCCAAAAACUGGCAAUUACACCUGUGAAUUCUGUGGCAAGCAGUACAAAUACUACACUCCAUACCAAGAACACGUGGCGCUGCAUGCACCUAUUAAGUUCUCUCGAUCUCCACUCUUCGUGGCAGUGAAGACACAGGGGAGCCAAUCCAGCAAAAAAACACCGUCUUCAAUAAACCGAUGUUCUACCCUCCUGCACCGCACCCCCUCCGGUGUCCCACCGGCAUCCCAAUCCCAGAUGUUCCGCGCUCCAAAUUCUGGAUCCCCAGGAAGCAAGGCUAUCACAGCAGAAAGUGCUUUCAGCAGGAGAGUGGAAGGCAAAGCGCAAAACAACUUUGAAGAAACAAACAGCAAUUCUCAGAACUCCAGCGCUGUUCAUUCGGGGACAGAAAAACCUAAAGAAAAGAGAUGUAAGCAGAACCCAUCAGAGCCUUACACCUGUGGAGCUUGUGGAAUCCAGUUCCAGUUUUAUAACAAUCUCCUGGAGCACAUGCAGUCCCAUGCAGCUGACAACGAGAACAAUAUUGCCUCUAGCCAGCCCAGAUCACCUCUAGCUGUUGUUGAAGAAAAGUGGAAACCACAGCUCCAAAGAAAUAACACCAACAAUACAUCUGCAAGUGGUUCAGUAGGGAACAGCGCGAUCCCGGAGAAGGAGCGGCAGAACAUUGCCGAGAGGCUCCUGAGGGUGAUGUGCACUGACCUUGGGGCUCUGAGCGUGGUGAGUGGGAAGGAGUUCAUCAAGCUAGCGCAGACCCUGGUGGACAGUGGAGCUCGCUAUGGUGCCUUCUCAGUCACCGAAAUUCUUGGCAAUUUCAACACACUGGCUCUGAAGCAUUUGCCUCGGAUGUACAACCAAGUGAAGGUGAAAGUCACCUGCGCCCUGGGCAGCAAUGCCUGCCUGGGCAUCGGUGUCACUUGUCACUCACAGAGCAUUGGCCCUGAUUCUUGCUACAUCCUGACAGCUUAUCAGGUGGAAGGCAACCACAUCAAGAGUUAUGUCCUGGGAAUUAAGGGUGUAGAUAUUCGAGAUAAUGGUGAUUUUAUCCACCACUGGGUACAGAACGUGCUCUCAGAGUUUGUGAUGUCGGAGAUCAGGACAGUGUACGUCACAGACUGCAAAGUCAAUUCCUCUGCGUUCUCCAAGGCAGGCAUGUGCUUGCGUUGUUCGGCCUGUGCCUUGAACUCAGUAGUGCAGAGUGUGCUGAAUAAGCGAACACUACAGGCUCGCAAUAUGCACGAAGUGAUCGAGCUCCUGAAUGUCUGUGAAGAUUUGGCAGGAUCCACGGGCCUCUCAAAGGAGACCUUUGGCUCCCUGGAGGAGACCUCUCCCCCACCCUGCUGGAACUCAGUCACUGACUCCCUCCUGCUUGUCCACGAGCGCUAUGAGCAGAUCUGCGAGUUCUACAGUAGGGCCAAGAAGAUGAACCUCAUCCAAAACCUGAACAAACACCUGCUCAGCAACCUGGCAGCUAUUUUGGCGCCGGUGAAGCAGGCGGUAAUUGAGUUGAGCAACGAGAGCCGGCCCACCUUGCAGCUGGUACUGCCCACCUACGUCAAACUGGAGAAACUGUUCACUUCCAAAGCUAACGAUGCUGGCGUAGUCAGCAAACUCUGCCACCUCUUCUUGGAGGCGCUGAAGGAGAACUUCAAAGUUCAUUCAGCACACAAGGUAGCCAUGAUCCUAGACCCUCAGCAGAAGCUGCGGCCCGUCCCACCAUACCAGCACGAAGAGAUCAUUGGCAAGGUCUGUGAGUUGAUUAAUGAGGUGAAAGAGUCCUGGGCAGAAGAAACAGAAUUUGAACCUUCAACCAAGAAGCCCCGGGCAGCAGGGGAAGCCACAGCAGCUCAGGAAGAAGAUUGGUUCGGGAAAAAUGAAGUCUAUGAUUAUUUGCAAGAACCUCUCUUCCAGGCCACCCCUGACCUGUUUCAGUACUGGUCGUGUGUUACCCAAAAGCAUACAAAACUAGCCAAGCUAGCCUUUUGGCUCUUAGCAGUGCCUGCUGUUGGUGCCAGAAGCGAAUGUGUAAAUAUGUGUGAGCAGGCUCUCUUAAUCAAAAGGAGACGGCUACUCAGUCCAGAAGACAUGAACAAACUCAUGUUUUUGAAGUCCAACAUGCUUUAAGACUGUCUUUUAAUUAAAACAAAACUUUAAAACACUGUUCCAAACAAAGAAAAAGAAUUUUAAGUUCUAAACACUGUGGACCUCAUUAUGAAUGCCCCUGGAAACCAAGUGCUUUUUUAUAUAUAUAUAAAAAUAUAAAUAUAUAUAAAAUUAAGUUUGAGAGGAAAGCUGAGCACGUGAGAGAGACAGCCCUCUGCCAGGAACGUGCUCCUUUCCAUAGAUAGUGUGUGGACUUGACAGACUUUCUAAUGUUUUCAAGUGGGCAGACCAAUGGGAGGCUGAUGUUCUAAAGUCUUCAGGCAGCUGAGAUCUAAAGUGACUUGAAGUUUCUUUUGUUUCUCCUCCACCCCACCUUUCCUCUUGUCCCCUGGGCCAUCUUGCCAUGGAUAAUCAGACUACAUUGAACAGACCAGUUCUUCACUGGACUUUGCUCCUUUGAAUAACUGUACACCUUGAGGGCAUUUGCCUGCAGCCUUCUUGACAUACGGUGCAUGUUAUCAGGGCAGCUGUGUUUUACGAACACCAGUAUCUUUAGAAAUCAGGAAGGGAGACUCUAAGAUUGUUUUUAUUAUUAUUUUUAUUUUAACUUUUUCAUAUAGGGUUUUUCCAAAAAAAACAAAAGUUACUCUUCUGUCUCCACUCCCAGUUUUGAGUUUAACUUGUUAGCUAGUGAUUACAAGUUUGAUUUAAAACUAAGAGAAAUGAUUCAUGGCAGAAAACAUCUGUAAUUGUUAUGUUUCUUGGAUUAUUUUUUUUUUACAGCAUACCUUCUUUUCUGAAUUCCCAGUGUAAAUUAGCUUCUCUGUGAAUUCUGUACAUCAGGGGUUCUCAAAUUUGUUCACAGAGUAGCCCAUUUAUGAUUAAAUAAUAUCCUUAUGGAAGCCACAGCUGUUGCUUAUAUGGAAAAGCUAGAAACCAGGACAAGCAAGCAGGCGGUUACAACACAUACAACACAUGUCUUUGGCCAUCAGCAAGCUUGCCAGCGUUUGCCAGCUGCCAUUGAGAACCCUUGUACCUAAAUUUUUUGUAAACCUUCCCACUACACACACUCAAAAUAGCCUUCACAAGGCCAAGGACAAACCAAGGUGUAUGAUUUUUCAGGGGAACAAAGAUCAUCAGUUCUGUCAAACUAGGGUUUGAAGGAAGCUUAGAGAAGCGCAUGGGCUCAAAGAUCCUUCUGAAUGUAAGUGCUCCUGAUUGAGUGCGAUGAAUAUCUUCCUGUUUUAUUUGGAAUGGUUUCCUCUAGUAGCACGAAUGUCUUUUUAAUACCUACAGUGCAUUACACUACUUGUUAUGUUGUUGAAUCGUUCUGGCUAGGAAGGCCAUCGGCCCUUAAAUGUUCACACUUACUGGCUCACCCCGAAUGCAAUUAGAGAUCAUCGUCACGCAGAAACAUCUCAGUCACUCUGCUGUCCACCAAGGCCAGUGCUCUGCCGUGUCCGAUUCCCGUAGGCACAGCUCAUGGGCUGCUAGACAAGAUCUCUGCAAGCUGUCAGAGUUGGUGCCUCUUGGACAAUUCCUGACUUCUGGUGCCAAACUGUUAAUUUUUCAUCACUGCGACUUGUAUCCCAGAGGCAAAUUGAAACAAAUUCUUAUUUUUGAAGCAUUCUCUCCUGCUUCCAGUAGUGUCCUCAGGAGCUGCAGCCACAGUGGCAGUGGAGCAGCAGCGGUGGCGUGGGAGGACGGAUGGGGCAGGGUCCAGGGACAGGCUGGAGGCUGGAGCCCUCAAACAGCGCAGCGGUGUUUCUGGUUGCUGGUGAUGCAGUGGUAAGAUCGGGGGCCCUUUUUGGAAUGCUGCUGUUGAACAGACAUUCAACCAAGAUCCCACCUGCCCAUCUCUGGUUGAAUUAGAAGUUGCACGUCACAGGACAUGAGAAAUGGCAGGGCCAGUCAGCUAGCUCGCAGCUCAGCCCACCCGGCCUCGGGUUUUGUGUUCAGACACAGAACCCAGGAACUAAUGGACAGCUUCACUGCCACGGGGCUCAGACGGGGAACAGUUUGCAUGCUAGAGACCUUCCCUAGAUCAAGGUCACCGACGAUGGCUCUUUGUACCCCAGUGUCUUGCCCCAGAAUGACUCUUGCCCUUCUGAGCCUGGAAACAGGACUUACUGUAGCCUGAGUACAGAGCUUAGGUUGACAGCACCUCUCGGCACUAUUAGUGGCCUCAGGGCAAAACUAGUUCUCUCUUAAAUCUGAGUUUUGCAUAUGGAUAACUUAAAAUAUGUAGUCCACAACCCCACCGGCAACUGCAGAGGUAGCAGCAGGUGAAGAUGAGCAGCCAAGGCGGAGGCACUUGAAGAUCUGAUUUCUCUGGCAAUGGUUUUUGCAAACAGGUGCAGGUCGCAGGGCCAACGUUUCUUCUUUCUGGUUUUAUUUUCCCCCAGACAAAUCCUGCCCACCCAGCCACUGUCUGGGCCCGCAGUAGCAUAUCUAUUUGCGCUUGCAGUGCAGGAGGAGCCUGUAACAAACAAAAACUAAGUCUCAGACUAAAACCAAACAAAAAUAAAUAAUUCAGCAGGUGCAAAGUGUGCCAAUUAUGAAGUAUUUGUGCCUGCUGCAGGUUCCACUGAAAAACACAAUGGAUCCUGCAGCAAGAAAACUGGGCUGAAGGGACAAGUCCAAAGCAAGAUUAGCUUUUGAGGCUGCAGAGCUCAGCGGACAGGCAGAAGCGGGACAGGAUUUGUACUGCUUUUUCCAAAUGGUGUGCUACACCUUUUUGCCUGGUUUGCCUGAGAUUCUAAGAGCUGCUCACAGGCUCUUCAGCACUCAGGCAAAGGUGUGACAGCUACUUGUUCCUUUCAGAGAGUUCCAAACCCAGCACUUCUUUGCUGUGGGACAGGCUGCUAACUGCCAUGGGAUCUGCCAACUCAGGCUCGUUGUGUCUGUCUGCCAGGCAUUAGGAUAGGGAAGUGGACCAACAAGAACUUACCACAGGUUUAAAGCCCCAGAACUGAGGUAAAAUUGCAGUCAUUUGUGCAAACAUUUAAUGCCAGGCUGUCCAGCAGUGAGCUGGACCAGGGCUACACAACCAGGGCAUGUGGGUGGAGAGGCCAGCGCCACCUGUAGUUCCUCUUCUCCUUUUUACAGUCUGAUGUGGCAUCAGAUCUGGAGCUUUUCUGCUGUGGUGACCAAAGAGGGACUGAUGGGCCCUCUCCCCAGUUAGCAGCUGCCAAAUCCACAGUUAUCAUUGCACUAAUGCCAAGAGGGAUCUAAGCAAACAUACAGCAAUGUCUGGCAGAUGAGAUUCUCACAAAGACUUAAAAACUCAAUAGUAGCUGAAAAAAAGCAAAACAAAAUCUAAUGGAGCAAUCUGGAAAGUCUGGGUGAGAAGAGAAGCUGGUUGGCCAGCCCUUCUCCAGCAGGUCAGUGGAAGAGGCCACAGCUUUUCAUGAGACUUCAGAAGGUCAUAGGGUGUUCUGCUCAGAGGAGCUCUUAGUGCUGGGCCUGCCCAUGGGCUGACUUGUGUCUGAUGUUCCUUUGCCUCUUUGAAAGGAGGGAAGCACAUCUGGAGCAUGCGGAUUUACUCUAAAGUUACUCCAAAUGCCAAGGUUUUGCUCCUAUUUCUCCUUCCCUCCUUAGGACUCAGAUGUGCAUUCUAGGGAGUGUAGAUACACUACCACGGUCUGAAUUUUGGAAGCUCUUAUUUGCCAGGUUAUUGGCAUCAGCUCAGUGGUAGCUCUCUGUACAGAGCAGCAGUUGUGCUGUGAGGAGUCCUGCCUGUCCUGUGCUGGGAGACAGGAGGAGAGAGGCCCUCUUGGGUUUGGCCAGAGCUGUUCUGCUCCCUGUGGGCUGGGAAAAGUCCUCACAGUUGGGAUCAUCCUGUGGUAGGUCAUGCUGGGAAUUGUCUUCUGCUUCUUCUGUUUCCUAUACUUGCACUUGAGAAAGAUGU